CGCGCCCUCACAUGACUGGCGGUGCGAUGGACCCGCUGCCCGCGGCGGCAGUCACGGCAGCGGCUGAGGUGGAGGCGGACGAAGAGGCAAAUCUACCGGCGGCAGAUGGUGGGCGCCCCGUCUCACGGACACCCAGGGCCCUGGGAGGCGCCGUUCUUCUCGGGAAGGGAGAGCGUGUGAACAGUGACACGGGACAGGAGAGACACGUGACCCUGCGUGGCUGCGGGAGGCACUUGGCGGAAGAGCCGUUGCAGCAGAGUUUGGGGGUCAGCCCUGCUCCGCGCCCGCAGACAGUGCGCAGGGCAGCCGGGAGCCGGGACCUGCCCGCGCUGGCGUCCAGGCCUGCCCACGCCCCCGGCCAGCGAGCGCAGGGACCCGGACCCCAGGCGGAUGCAGGUGCCGCCGGGCAACCCGCUGCUGCUCUCGCACACGCUGCAGGAGCUGCUGGCCCGCGACUCCGUGCAGGUGGAGCUCAUCCCCGAGAAGAAGGGCCUCUUCCUCAAGCAUGUGGAGUACGAGGUGUCCAGCCAGCGCUUCCGGGCCUCCGUGUACAGACGGUACAACGACUUCGUGGUCUUCCACGCGCUGCUGCUGCAGAAGUUCCCCUACCGCAUGGUGCCUGCCCUGCCGCCCAAGAGGAUGCUGGGAGCGGACAGGGAGUUCAUCGAGGCGCGGAGGAGGGCCCUGAAGCGCUUCAUCAACCUGGUGGCCCGGCACCCCCCCUUCUCGGAGGACGAGGUCCUCAGGCUGUUCCUGUGCUUCAGCGGCCCCGACGUGCAGAGCAAGUUGAAGGAGUCGGCUCAGUGCGUGGGCGACGAGUUCCUGAACUGUAAGCUGGCGACUCGGGCCAAGGACUUCCUCCCCGCCGACAUCCAGACGCAGUUCGCGGUCAGCCGGGAGCUGAUCCGGAGUGUCUACAACAGCUUCUACAAGCUCCGCGACCGGGCCGAGCGGAUGGCGGCCAGGGCCAUCGACAACGCUGCUGACCUCCUCAUCUUCGGGAGGGAACUGAGCGCUUUAGGGUCCGACACGACCCCGCUCCCCUCCUGGGCCGCUCUGAACAGUAGCACAUGGGGGUCCCUGAAGCAGGCGCUGAAAGGCCUGUCCGUGGAGUUCGCUGUGCUCGCAGACAAGGCCGCACAGCAGGGCAAACAGGAGGAGGACGCCGUGGUGGAGAAGCUGAACCUCUUCCUGGACCUGCUCCAGUCGUACAAGGACCUGUGUGAGCGGCACGAGAAGGGCGUGCUGCACAAGCACCAGCGGGCCCUGCACAAGUACAGCCUCAUGAAGCGGCAGAUGAGCGCCGCCGUGCACAGCCACGAGCCCGAGUCCGUGGAGCAGCUGGAGUCGCGCAUCGUGGAGCAGGAGAACGCCAUCCAGACGAUGGAGCUGCGGAACCACUUCUCGCUGUUCUGCCUGCACCAGGAGACGCAGCUGGUGCACGCCUACCUGCCCCUCACCUCCCAUAUCCUCGGGGCCUUCGUCAGCUCCCAGAUCCAGGGCCACAAGGAGAUGAGUAAGGUGUGGAACGACCUGAAGCCCAAGCUGCACUGCCUGUUCUCGGGACCCGCCAGCGCCCUGACCCCGCCUCGGUCCCCGCGGGACGGCCUGUCUCCGCACUAGUGCCGAGAGGACCCGGCGCCCCCACUAAAACGUCUUUCCAAACGCCCCUCUUCCUCGUGGCGUGCGGGACCGACCGGAGGGGAGGCUCUGAGGACCGCGGCUGUAGAGGGGCUGCCCACGCCGGGCUGUCCUGGCUCGUGCCACUCCCUCCCUUGCGCCCAGCAGUAACCAGACACUCGCCACCAUUGGCCCAAGAUGCAGAGCCCGAAGCCUGCGGGACUCGCUGACGCUGAGGGUGGGUCUGCAGCCGGGCCCUUCCUGCGAGUCAGCCCGGUGAGGGAAGCACUUUACGCCCCGAAUCCGUGACUGCCACAGCAAACUGGAGUUGUUUACAAACGGUCCACAGUCCCAGGUUUUCGCCAAGAAACUAACAUGAACUGUUAUUAAACAUAUUUAUAAAA